AUGCUAUCAUUCAAGCGUGUUCUGCUCAUAGCCCUCUCCCUCGCGGCCACUACAACGGCUAUGAAUUGCCCCAAUAGCUGGGGCACAGCGGCCGACAAAUGUUGCUAUGGCAGCUUGGAGGCUGACAGUUCCGGGAAAUAUUGCUGCGUUGCGGACCAUAUCAAUUUCAACUUCAACAACUAUAAACCCAGAAGUGUUUCACCAGCGCAGAGUACGGCAGGCUCAGGUUGCUACACAAAGGUUCCCUUGACCGCAAGCGAUUAUUCCGCGCAGGUCUCUUCAGCAUCAUCGGCGCUUGCAGCGGGUGCCACCAACUCUCCUUCAACCAACGAGGCGUCUCCUACAAGCUCGGGUGCUGCAGCUCCCACCACCAAUGCCGCCGUGCCGAUUGCCGCAGCUCAAGAAAUGAUGCUCGGUGGUGCCGCAGUCGUUGCCGGUCUUUUCGUGCUGUGA